CCAAUCAGCUUGCGGGGAGGGGGUGGAGCCUCCCCCCUCCGGCGUUCGGAGAACAUUUGGUGACUUCCGGCAAUAGCCAAGCGCUGCUCCCUGGGGCUGCAGAGCGAGGCACUUUUACGGGAUCGGGGCAGGAGCCAGGAAAAAAAUAUGCCAUUUUUGGGUCAAGAUUGGAGAUCUCCUGGAUGGAGUUGGAUUAAAACAGAAGAUGGCUGGAAAAGAUGUGAAUCCUGUAAUCAGGAACUUGAAAGAGAGAACAACGAAUGUAACAUCAAUCAUGGCAUUAUUGUAAAUAGUGAGGAUGACGAUAUAUUCAACCCUGGAGAGUGUGAAUUUGCAGCCAAAAAAAGGAAAAAGGAUCACUUUAGGAAAAGCACAAAUACUCAAGGUUUUUAUCGUGAAAAAUGGAUUUAUGUACAUAAAGAAAGCACCAGAGAAAGGCAUGGCUAUUGCACCUUGGGAGAAGCCUUUAACCGCUUAGACUUUUCAAGUGCAAUUCAAGAUAUCCGAAGGUUCAACUACGUUGUCAAACUCUUGCAGCUAAUUGCAAAAUCCCAGUUAACUUCAUUAAGUGGAGCAGCACAAAAAAAUUACUUUAACAUUUUGGACAAAAUCGUUCAAAAGGUUCUGGAUGACCAGCAAAAUCCUCGCCUCAUCAAAGAUCUUCUUCAGGAUCUGAGUUCUACACUUUGUAUUCUUAUUAGGGGAGUAGGAAAAUCUGUUUUGAUUGGAAAUAUCAAUAUUUGGAUUUGCAGGUUAGAAACUAUCCUUAACUGGCAACAACAGCUACAAAACCUUCAGAUGAACAAGCAAGUAAAUAAUGGCCUUACACUUAGUGAUCUUCCUCUGCACAUGCUGAAUAAUAUAUUAUAUAGAUUCUCGGAUGGAUGGGAUAUCAUUACUUUAGGCCAAGUGACCCCAACAUUAUACAUGCUCAGUGAAGACAGGCAAUUAUGGAAGAAACUUUGCCAGUACCAUUUUGCAGAAAAACAGUUCUGUAGACAUUUGAUACUCUCUGAAAAAGGUCACAUUGAAUGGAAGCUGAUGUACUUUGCACUCCAGAAAUGUUAUCCCAUCAAGGAGCAAUAUGGAGACACUUUGCAUUUUUGCAGGCACUGCAGCAUUCUUUUUUGGAAGGACUACCAUCUUGCUUUAUUAUUUAAGGAUUCAGGACACCCCUGUACAGCUAACAAUCCUGACAGCUGCUUCAUGCCAGUGUCACCCCAGCACUUCAUUGAUCUCUUCAAAUUUUAAAUGCAGGCCUUGCACUUUGCCUCUUUGUUUUUAAAAUGAUGUGUGGUAUGCUUUAUUUGCAAGAUCUAAUGGUAAAUGUGUGUGGUAAAAAGGGAUUGGGUGGGGGUGGGGCAUCCCAUGAAGCCUGGGUUUGCUGGAAUGAAUAUUAAAUCAUUUUCGAAGUACAUGAUCUAAAGAGAAUGUGAGGUAAAAAUAUACGUACUUUUGCAAAUUGUAAUAUUUAUUAUUUGACUAAUGAGAUGGGGUGAUUAAGGGAAGAGGGACUCACACAACAUGUAUUAGUUCCUUUUUAAAAAAGUUUUGUACACAUUAAAUUUUGCACAUUUAUAAAUAUAAUUCAGCUAAAAUCUUUUGGACUUUGAGAGUCAAGCCAUUUACUAAUAAACACUAAUGGCCAAGUACAUGCAAAUUUUCAGUUAAGGUUUUCCUGUUUUGUGGCAAAGGAUCAAACUGACCCUUCUGUAUAUACAUUAUGCAGAAUAUUUAUUUUUCUUAAACUGUAUUUUAGUAACUGCAUUGGAUAUGUCCAAACCAGUUAUUAUUGAUGUGCAACUAAUCUAGGGAAACAGUAGCCAUAUUGUUUUGAUUUGUAUUUGUUAAAUGGGAUAACAUUUGUGCAAAAUGAUGUCUAGGCUAAGGAAAAUUAUAACCUUUGACUGUCUUGUCUUCAGGGCAGCGAAUGGCCCAAGCUACUGGAAAGACCUCUUACUUGCUAAAGCACUUAUUUACAAAAGCACCGACUUUUUUGUAGCAACUUUUUUUUUGUAUCCUAAGCAGAAAUACAGAAAUAAAUCCAAUGCUGAAGAAAUUCAGGAGUUAAGCAUUUGUCCAGAAAUUUAGUCACGUACAGCCCAAAACAUAUUCUAAAAUAUUGCUUGUUUUCAAAGUAAUUUUGUAGACAAAUGUAAUAAAUCAUGAUUAUCUGUUGGUU